GCGGUGUGCGUGUGCGAGGUGAACAUCUCGAAAAGUCAACCAAAAGGAUCCAGGAUGUGGUCGCGACAGGUGCUGGUGCUCGGCAUUUACGUGCUCGUAACAAUGAAAGUGCCAAGGAGCAGCGGCAGUCGCUUUAAUGGCGGCACUUCCGCCGGCAGCCAGAACCCACAACUAAAGCUGGAGAUGAAUGCGUGGCAGCCAUUUACGCAGCACAACAAUUGGCUUAUCCUCCAGGCAACUGCUCCCAGUUCAAUGCAACGCCAGCACCAGGAGAUCCGUGAAAGGCAAACCCAGCCGGAACGACUUCCUGUCAAUUACUAUGCCUACAACCAUCGUUACAACGAGAGUGUGGAGUCUCCUUCGGCUGGCGGAAAUUACAAACAGGUUCCUCCUACCGAUCCAGCCAGUUAUGUCCUGGCCAUCAGCCAGCAGAUGCGGCGCGGCCAAAUCCUGCGACAGUUGCCACCAGCCAAGGAAGCUGAACCGGAGCCGGAGCCGGAGCCGAUGCCACAGCCUCAGCCGGAAGUUCGCGAGGCGGCAGCGACCUUAACCCACCCGGCUAAUGGUGAUGAUGGUGUUGAUGGCGAAAAUGCGCACGAAAUCGAUCCCCUGGAAACAGGUGGAGAGCUGGUGUCACCCCGGGCAAUCGAUGCCUACUUAGAGCCCUUCGGGCGGGCUCUGGUGAAAGUGCGCGACUUCUGCGACACGCUCAGGAUUGCAAUUAACGACGAGACUGACGAGGUCGUCACCAAUAAAUUGGAUGCCACCACAAGCGAAACGGCAGCGCCAUUUAGUGUAACAUCAAAGGAACUCCUGGUCCAAGGUCGAUCCCAGCGUCUGGCGGCGGAAUCCGAGGGCCGCAAGCUCAAGAAGCUAAAGAAGAAGAUCCAGAAGCUGCUGCUACCCCUGCUAAUAGCCUAUAAACUGAAGUUCCUCACCCUCAUACCAGUGCUCAUUGGCGGACUCACACUCCUGGUGGGCACCACGGGCCUGGCUGGCUUCUUCUUCGCGCUUUUUACGGCCGUAAUGAGCCUGAAGAGCUCCGCGGGCGGCCACGCCAGCAAGUCGCUGGUCUUGAAGAAACUCUGAUGGGUUUAGAUUUUAAGCGAAUUUCGGAUUAAGCAGUUCGAUUUGGGUUGGCCGGUCAACAUCGAUUGGUCGGUGGUCUGGUUUAGGGGCUAUAAACGUGCGACGGCAACGG